AUGGCUCAGGCUCUGUCCUCGGCCACCAGGCUGGUGGCAGUGACCCCCCCACCCCCCGGGGGGGUUUUGUCCCCCGGAGCCCCCGGCAGCCGGGGGGCGGGGGCAGGGGGGGAGCCCAGCCCCCACCGCGCGGGGCUGCGGCUCCGCGAUGCCGGAGCCCCCCGGGGGUGCAGGGGGCAGCCCCCGGCCCCGCGACCACCCCUGGGGGGUCGGGCGGGCACGGGAGGGGCCGGGGGCGGCGGUGCCCCUCCCGGGGCAGGCCGCGGCAGGGCUGUCGGGGUCCCCCCGGAGCGCCCCCGGCCCGGCCGUGCCCCGGAGGGGGGGUCACAGCCCCGGGGGCGGCCCCGGCGCGUGGCGGGGGAGGGGCUGGCGGCCGCCCGGUGCCCACGUGGUUUGUCGGUGUCUCCGGAGCGGAAGAAACGGCGGCGGGGCCGGGGCUGCGGCGGGGACCGGGAGCGGCAGCGGGAGCCGGCGGGGCGGGGACGGAGCCGCAUCCCGGCGGGCGCCGCCGCAGCGCAGCAGCAGCGCCGCGCGACCCCAGCCCCAGCACCAGCCCCAUCUGCCCCCGCCGCCUUCACCAUCCGUGCCUACCCCCUGAUCGGCGAGUUCGGCGAGGAGCACAUCUUCUCCCUCUACGAGGCCAAGGAGAACUCGCUGCUCAAGAGCGAGAAGGCGUCACUGCAGCAGCAGCUCAACCAGUUCCAGCACGAGCUGCAGAAGAGCAAAGAGCGGGAGGAGCAGCUGGAGGAGAUGAUCCAGGCCUACGAGAAGCUGUGCGUGGAGAAGGCGGACCUGGAGACCGAGCUGGGAGAGAUGCGGGCGCUGGUGGAGACGCACCUGAGCCGCAUCCGGAUCUUGGAGCAGCAGCUGCGGCAGCGCGACGGCGGCGCCUUCCCCGGGCUGGGCACCCAGGACGUGCCUUUCAUCGCCCUGCACCCCAACCCCGGCCUGAGCCACGUGCUGGAGCGCGCCGGGGGCUGGCAGAGCCGCGGGCUGGAGGCCGAGCUGGAGGCGGCGCGGCAGGAGAACCAGCGCGCCCAGCACCGCGAGGAGCACCUCAAGGCCGAGUGCGAGAGGCUGCAGGCCGAGCUCAAGCACCUGCAGGACACCCGCGAGCAGGAGCAGUCGGAGCGGGACAUGGCCUGGGUGAAGAAGGUGGGCGACGACCAGGUGAACCUGGCCCUGGCCUACACGGAGCUGACGGAGGAGCUGUGCCGCCUGCGCAACCUCAGCUCGCUGCAGAGCCAGAUCCUGCGGGCGCUGCUGCAGGACAAGAGCCUCAACGGGGGCCAGCGCCACUCCCCGCUGUCCCAGUGCCACUCCCCGGCCCAGCAGCGCCGCUCGCCCGCCCCGCAGUGCCCCUCGCCCGUCCCUCCGGGCCGCUCCCAGUGCCAAUCUCCCGCCCUCCAACGCCGCUCGCCGGGACCCCCCAGCCAAUCUCCGGCCCAGCAGCGCCGCUCGCCGGCCCCCGGCCCUUGCCAGUCCCCCGGGCAGCAGCGCCGCUCCCCGGUGCCGCCCCCGAGCCAGUCGCCGGCCCAGCAGCGCCGCUCGCCCGCCCCGCCGCCCUGCCCGUCGCCGAGCUCGGCGUCCCCGCACCGCCUGCCCGGCGAGAGGAUGGAGCUGGCCUACGCCAAGCCCUCGAGCCGCCACAUCAAGGCCGGCUUCCAGGGCCGCCGCAGCUACUCGGAGGUGACCAACGUGGCCCUGUACCAGCAGAGCCGCUCGCUCUGGCUGCAGCCCGAGGCCUCCACGCUGCCCAAGCACCGACCCUACGGCGAGGUCUACCUGGGGGGCGCGGGGGCCCCGCUGAGCGCCCACGAGCCCUUCGAGGAGCACGUCCGCUUCGAGAAGCAGUCGUCGGACGAGGAGGAGUGGGCGCUGCCCAGCCCGCCCAGCCCCGAGGCCGGGGCCAUCCGCUGCGCCUCCUUCUGCGCCGGCUUCCCCGUGCCCGACCCCGACGCCGCGCACCGGACGGCGGCCGCCUACGCCCGCGCCGAGCACGCCCAGUCCUGGCCUUCCAUCAACCUGCUGCUGGAGACGGUGGACUCGGAGGUGCGGAGCUGCCCGCUGUGCCAGCUGGCCUUCCCCAUCGGGUACCCGGACGAUGCCCUGGUCAAACACAUCGACUCGCACCUGGAGAACAGCAAGAUCUGA